AUGACAACAACAUCUCAUAGCCAUGAAAUUGAUGAUACAGUGGUCAUUGAUACGCCAGGUCUGCAAGAUGUAAAGAUGAGAGAGAAAUCUGCUCAAGAAAUAGAAAAACAACUUAAAAAAGAUAAAAGUUUUAAAAUUGUUUAUGUUAUUACUUUAGAGAGUGGAAGAAUUAAAGCUCAUGACUUGCAGACCAUAAAUUCCAUUAAUAGAGCUAUAAAAACAGAGUUUCAGUAUGGUAUAAUUAUCAACAAAGUAUCAAAAUAUCUUCAACAAAUAAUUGAUGCAACUCCAGAUAUGUUGAAUAUUUGUUUUGAUUUACUUGACAAACAACCUUGUAAAAUUUUUAUUUUAAAUGAAAUAGAGGAGUUGGAUGACCGUGAUAAUGCAUUAUUGAAAGACAUGGAGGUAAUCAAAGAAUUAUAUCUAUUCCUCGACAAAGUUCCUGCUAGUUUUUUAUCAAAAGAAAGGGUGGAUAAAGUAGAUGUUCGAGAUUAUAAUAAGAUGGUGAAUGAUAUGGAGUCUAAAAUUCAUUCGCUUAUUAAAGAGUCAGAGAUGGUUAAGAAUAAUGUUUGUAGACUAGAGGAAAUGGAUAAGUCUAAAGGUAAAGAUAAUCAACAUCAUUUGACCAAUGAAGUAAAUCUUCCUAAAAUACAAGAAGGUAAUCUUUGUGUUUCUACAUUUAUAGACGAUGCUCCAGUUUACCUACAUCGUAAUCAUUCUCCAACGAACAACAAGCGUUCACGCUUUCCAAAACCUCAUUUUAUUGAACAAAAUUGUUGUUUAUUUUAA